AUGAGACUGGCCCCGCUUUUUAUCGCCGGAGUGCUAGCUGCUGAGCCAUAUUUUUUUGAUUCUCGGGGAGAAACAGAUCUCAACCCCUAUAGCAUAGGCGACGAUCUCCCUCUCGAAUGCAUUAAACGAAACAUCCACGACGGAGAACACAUGGUCGAUGAAAAGACCCAAGAAAUUCUUUAUGAGGACUUCCCCAUCUGCAGAGAAACAGGAAAGCCCCUCUCUCUUCAAUACCGUGUUGACCAAGAUGUGAAUUGCACCAUUGGAUUCUCCGACACGCUCUACCACCUUUUCCAGCUCUAUAUUCACGAGGAUGCUCCCUUCAGCUGCAGACUCAGAGCCUCCAAACAAAAGAACAAGAACGUGCUCUCAGAGCCUACAACCUGGCUUCCGUUGACAUUCACCAUUCGUGGCCACAUUCAGGAGUCUCAUUUGGACAUCGACCCGAAGCUCAAUGCCGUGAUGAUGUACUCGCGAAAGACCGAGACGCCUGUGGUAGCAGCCGCGUUUUCCAGAGGAACGGAGACCGAGAGAUACAAGAACGGUGAUUUUCUGCCCCUCCAGCUCUCUGUUAAGUGGUAUCCCGGUAGCAACAAUAACGAGGUGUUUACCCUCCCUGCCAACCCUGACUCCAACUCCGCUUUCUCUUCCACCACGCUCAUGUGGUGUGCUGCAACCAUGAUCGCUACUGCAGCUAUUGUGACCGUUGUUUUUCAGGGCGUGAUUUUCCCACGAAAACUGCGAUCAGAGAACUUCGGAACUCCCCUUCCUCGUUUUGCUGACUGGGGAAGCAGCAAGAAGGACUAA